AACACAGGGACAGCAAUGGGGACUUGGGACAUGGAGACAUUAAAAGGGAUCCCUGCUGGGGACAGGGGCCCCUUGAAUCAGGACGUGGCUGCGGGGACACAGGGGCAUGGGGCCAGCAGCAGAGUGGCAGGGCAGGGGUGGCAGUGUCCCCAUGGCUGUGACACACCUGCUGGCACAGUCCCAGGGGCCACAUCCCACCUGCAGGGCUUUAAGAGGCCGCGGGCUCGGCCCUGCCAGCAGCGCCAUGGCCCUGCCACUGUCCCUGUCCUCGGCCCUGUCCCCUGCCAUGGCCCAGCCCCUGUCCCUGUCCCCCACCAUGGCCCUGGCACUGCCGCUGCUCCUCGCCCUGCUCGGGGCCAGCCCAGUGGCCACAGGUUUGGGGGCACCAGGGGGGGGCUGUGGGGUGCCCCCCUCUGCCUGGUGCCAGGACUGGGUGACGGCGCUGCGCUGUGGGGCCCUGGGGCGCUGCCCCCACCUCGCCCAGGGACAUCCCGACAUGGACGUCUGUGCCCUGUGCCAGCAGCUCUUCGGCUUCCUCCACCAGGCCUCCAACCACUCAGCCACGGAGAAGCCCUGGCAGGUCUGUGCCACGCUGGAGCUGUGUCGCGGAGAGCCCGGGGCCGCCCCGGCCGCGCCCGUCCUUGAGGCGCCCGGCGCCCACCUGCAGGGCUCCGGUGGGGCCGGGCUGUCCCCGGCGAUGCCGCUGCCGCUGUGCUGGAUGUGCCGCUCGCUGGUGGCGCGGGCCGAGGCCGCUGUCCCCGUGGGCACGGUGGCCGCGGCGGUGGCCGGGCUGUGCCGGGCGCUGCCGCUGCCGGUGGUCGGGGCGUGCCAGUGCCUGGCCCAGCGCUACGCGGCCCUGGCGCUCGAGGGGCUGCUGGGCCGCCUGGGCCCCCGCCUGCUCUGCCGCCUGCUCCUCGCCUGUCGCAGCGAGGACACCGAGGACGUGGGGACGCUGCCACCGCCCUGGGUGCUGGAGGCCAUCGUGGUGCGGCUGGCGGAGUGUGACCCCAAAGGUGUCGGUGUCCCUGCGCUCUCCCUCCCCCUGGGCCCCUGUGCCCUGGGCCCCACCUUCUGGUGCUCGGGCCCCGAGGCCGCCCAGCGCUGCCAGGCCCUGCAGCACUGCCAGGAGCACGUCUGGCUGUAGGGGGGCACCAGGACCCCCUAGCACUGCCCAGUAAAGCUUGGAUGCAACUCGG